AUGCCUGGGGUGCAGGUCAAAGAAAACCCAGGGACUGAGGCCACUGUGCAUUACUGGGGAGGUGCUAGAGACGCAGGAUCUAAGGAUGGCUGGGUCUUCACCAGAGCUCCAGAAGGUAGGGAUUUUACGCUGCCGGACACCUCCCAGGUUUUGGCCCUCUUGCACACCCAUGCAGGCACAGACAACUGGAUGCAGCACCAAGAUUCUGGACUCAAAGGCAGGCAGGAGGAAGCAUCAAACUGUGAACUGACUGUGAGAAUAAUACGGGCUCAGAACAUCCAUGGGACAGACAUUGUGACCAAACCAGAUUGCUAUGUUUGUUUAUGGCUGCCAACAUCCUUGACGGAUAAGAAGCGAACCAAGACAAUCUGGAACAAUGGAGACCCUGUCUGGGACGAGACUUUUCACUUCAGAAUAAACAGUCAGGUUAAGAAUAUCCUGGAGCUGUCACUACAUGAUGAGGAUGUAGGGACUGCAGAUGACCACCUGUUUACAGUGAGCUAUGAUCUGGGAAAUGUCCCAGUUAAUGAAACAUUGUUGGAAAGCUUCAUGCUUAAUAAAGAGUUUCAGGAAGAACUUCAUGUAGAAUUUAAUCUGGUGAGCAUACCAGAAACAAGGAAGAAGGUCACAACCAAUGGAGUGUUGGUGUGCCCAGAGAUGGCGGCCCUGGAGGUGAUGGUGAAAAAGCAGAAGAAAGAGGUUUUUAAAAAGAAAACAGAACUGGCUCUGACUGUACAGGGCUCCUAUGAGAGAGAACAAAGGAUCUUACUCAACUCAACCAGCAGUUCUGAGGCGGGUUCGCAGGAAACGGUGGUGUUUCAUUAUCCCAUGGAUUAUGGAGCAGAAAUGACAGCCUGCAUGAAAAGAGUCUACUCCUCUUUUGAUGUCACCUUUGCCAAGCCAUUGGAUAUCCAGAUAAAAGUGAAAGAAUGUCCAGAAAAGCUGGAUGUGAGGCUGGGGUUUGAUCUGUGUGACAAAGAGAAGACAUUUCUUCACAAACGCCAGCAAGUAGUAGCUGAAGCGCUAAGAAAAGUCCUGCAGCUGGAUAAGGAUUUGGUGGGUGACGAGAUCCCAGUUGUGGCUGUAAUGGCAACAGGCGGAGGAGCCAGAGCAAUGUCCUCUUUGUACAGUCAUCUGUGUGGACUCCAGAAGAUGGGACUGCUGGAUUGUACCACGUACAUUGCAGGGGCCUCCGGUUCUACAUGGACCAUGAGUAAACUUUAUGAAGAUCCUAAAUGGUCACAAAAGGAGCUUUCAGAUUCAAUAAGCAAUGCAAAGAAGCAUGUGACAAAGAAGAAAAUCAGCACUUUCUCAAUGCAGAGGCUGAAAUACUAUCGUAAGGAACUCCGACAGGCUGCCAAGAAUGGCCAGAAAACCUCAUUCACUGACCUCUGGGGGCUUAUGAUUGAAUCAAUGUUUCACAAUGGGAGGAAUGAAAACAGGCUUUCUGAUCAACAAUCGGCCUUGGACAACGGCCAGAACCCCUUACCUAUUUACCUGGCUAUGAAUGUAAAGCAGGAUGCAAUCAGCACACUGGACUUUAAAGAGUGGUGUGAAUUUACACCAUAUGAAGUAGGGCUUCUGAAAUACGGCGCCUCCAUCCGCACAGAAGACUUUGGAAGUGAAUUCUAUAUGGGGCAGUUAAUGAAGAAGCACCCUGAACCUCGCAUAUGUUACCUACAAGGCUUGUGGGGGAAUGUCUUCUCCUUGAAUCUAGUGGACACGUGGUAUCUGACCACACAGCUGGACACUUUCUGGGACACCUGGGUGAAGGACCGAGUUAAGGACAUCGAUAAGGAGGACAUCAUACAGAGAAGGGAAUCGGCUCACUUGAAAACCCGUCUGUUCACACCGUCCGGCACGGUCAACCAGCUUCUGAAGGGGGUACUGACCAACAGGCCAAUAGAUGGAGAGCAGCAAAACUUCCUGCGAGGACUCCAUCUACAUAAAGAUUACCAUCAGCACUCACAGUUUACUACAUGGACAGAUUCUAGUUUAGACAUCUUCCCCAACAAGCUCACCCCACUGGCUGACAACCUGUGCCUUGUAGACGCUGGUUACUUUAUCAAUGCGAGCUUCCCUCCUUUACUGCGGACGGAAAGGAAGGUCGAUAUCAUUCUAUCAUUUGACUAUACACUGGACACCCCACUUCAGUCCGUAGAGCAGACAUGUACCUACUGUACAACGCAGGGUAUCUGUUUCCCCCGAGUAUCACUGAGCGACGAAGACAGAAAGAAACACAAGGAGUGCUACAUUUUUGAAGAUGAAGACAAUCCUAACGCUCCCAUAGUGCUUCACUUCCCUCUUGUGAAUGACACAUUCCGAAAAUACAAAGAACCCGGGGUCUUAAGGACUUCAGAAGAAAUGUCGGAUGGAGAUGUGGAUGUUACAGGAACUUGGUCACCGUAUUUUCUCACAAACUUUACAUACAGUGAACGAGACUUUGACCGGCUGAUGGAGCUGACACAAUAUAAUCUCCUAAACAAUGAGGAUCUAAUCAAAAAAGCUCUCCAGACUGCCGUGGAUAGAAGGAAAGCCAGGAACCUCUUAAGUGGAUUGCCCCAAAGCCAAACUCAGCAGAAAACAUAA